AUGGACACAAGGACAGCGACAGCUGAGCUUGGUUGGAUAUCCUUCCCUGCCAACGGGGUAAGAACACAGUGGGAGGAGGUGAGUGGCUACGACGAAAACCUGAACACCAUCCGGACGUAUCAGGUCUGCAAUGUGUUUGAGCCCAGCCAGAACAACUGGCUCCUCACCACAUACAUCGACCGGCGGGCGGCACAGCGAGUCUACGUGGAGAUCCGCUUCACUGUGCGCGACUGCGCCUCCAUCCCCAGCGUGUUGGGCUCCUGCAAGGAGACCUUCAACCUGUAUUACCUGGAGACGGACAGGGCGGUGUCAGAGGGCAUCAAAGGGGUUGAGUACUGGACCAACGCCCCCUUUCUGAAGGUGGACACAAUCGCAGCGGAUGAGAGUUUCUCCCAGGUGGAUUUUGGCGGCAGGCUGAUGAAGGUGAACACGGAGGUUCGCAGUUUUGGGCCUCUGUCUCGAGGAAGAGGUUUCCACCUGGCUUUCCAGGACCUGGGGGCCUGCAUGUCCCUCCUGGCUGUCCGAGUGUUCUACAAGAAAUGCCCCAGUGUGGUGCAGAACUUCGCUUUUUUCCCAGAGACGCUGACCGGAGCAGAAUCCACCUCACUAGUAAUCGCCAGAGGAAGUUGCAUCGCCAACGCAGAGGAAGUGGAUGUGCCCAUAAAGCUCUACUGCAACGGUGAUGGAGAGUGGAUGGUGCCCAUCGGCAGCUGCAGCUGCAAGGCGGGUUAUGAACCCGACAACGAGAACGUCUGCCGAGCGUGUCCUCAGGGCACCUUCAAGUCGUUCCAAGGAGCUGGUUUAUGCCAGCAGUGUCCGAUCAAUAGCCGGUCCACCAUCGAGGCUGCCACCCUCUGUGGCUGUCGUAAUGGCUAUUACCGUGGCGACAUGGACAAGCCGGAGGACGCCUGCACCAGCGUUCCCUCUGCUCCGCGGAACGUGGUCUCAGUUGUCAACCAGACCUCGGUGUUUCUGGAGUGGCACCCACCGCGCGAAACUGGUCACCGUGACGAUCUGACCUACAACAUCGUGUGCCGCCGUUGCCGCAGCAGUGAGCGACGGGCGUGUCAGCCGUGCGACGACGGUGUGCUGUUCUCCCCGGGCAAGCGGAGGUUGAAGGGGACCCAGGUUGAGGUCAGCAGACUGUGGGCCCACACGCCGUACGUGAUUGACAUACAGGCAGUCAACGGGGUUUCCAACAAGAGCCCUUACCCCGCCCAACAGCUGUCAAUCAACAUUACAACCAAUCAGGCUGCACCCUCGGUAGUUACCAUAAUGCACCAGGUGAGCUCGACAAGCCGAAGUUUCUCGUUGUCAUGGCCACCACCCGAACAGCCCAAUGGGAUUAUCCUCGAUUACGAGAUACGAUACUAUGACAAGUCCCAGUCUUCUGUGCUGAACAGCUCCAUGGUCCAAAGCGAGACCCCCAGUGUGGUGCUGGAGGGGCUGAGGCCAGGAACGGGCUAUGUGGUUCAGGUUAGGGCCCGCACCGUGGCAGGCUACGGCACCUACAGCAAGGAGAUGCUCUUCCAGACGCUCACUGACGAUGAGUACAAGUCAGAGCUGGGACAGCAGCUUUCCCUGAUAGCAGGCUCUUUAGUGGGUGGAGUGUGCAUCGUCUCACUGGUGGCUAUCGCAAUCAUCUGUACAAGAAGGCAGUUGAAAGAGAGUGUUUACGGCGACAAACUGCAGCAGUACACUGAGGGUCACGGUUCCCCAGGGGUCAAGAUCUACAUCGACCCCUUCACCUACGAGGAUCCCAACGAGGCGGUUCAUGAAUUUGCCAAGGAAAUCGACCCCUCCUGUGUCAAGAUAGAGGAAGUUAUAGGAGCAGGUGAGUUUGGAGAAGUGUACAAAGGCCGUUUGAAGCCCAUUGGGAAAAAAGAACUUCCUGUGGCAAUCAAGACCCUGAAGGCGGGCUACUCUGAAAGGCAGAGGAGGGACUUCCUAUCCGAGGCGUCAAUAAUGGGCCAGUUUGACCAACCAAAUAUCAUCAGACUGGAGGGUGUGGUCACCAAGAGCCGGCCCACCAUGAUCAUCACAGAGUUCAUGGAGAAUGGAGCACUUGAUUCGUUUCUCAGGCAGAAUGAUGGCCAGUUCCCUGUCAUCCAGCUUGUUGGAAUGCUGCGGGGCAUUGCAUCUGGCAUGAGGUACCUCGCAGAGAUGAGCUACGUUCACAGAGACCUGGCAGCUCGAAACAUCUUGGUCAACAGCAACCUGGUGUGUAAGGUGUCUGACUUUGGCUUAUCACGAUAUCUGGAGGAAGACACCUCUGACCCCACUUACACCAGCUCACUGGGUGGUAAGAUCCCCGUGCGAUGGACAGCUCCAGAAGCCAUAGCCUACAGGAAGUUCACCUCUGCCUCGGACGUCUGGAGUUAUGGCAUCGUCACCUGGGAAGUGAUGUCAUACGGCGAGAGGCCCUACUGGGACAUGAGCAACCAGGAUGUGAUAAAUGCCAUCGAGCAGGACUUCAGGCUUCCAGCUCCAAUGGACUGUCCGGUGGUGUUACACCAGCUUAUGUUGGACUGCUGGCAGAAAGACAGGAACGCCCGGCCCAAGUUUCCUGACAUUGUCAGCAUGCUGGACAAGAUGAUACGCAACCCUUCAUCUCUCAAACCUGGUGCCAACAAUAUGGCUGGGCCUUCCCAUCAUCCCUUGUUAGACCGUGGGGCUCCAGAUCUGAGCAGGCUGAGCACCGUUGAAGACUGGCUGGCUGCGCUGAAGAUGACCCAAUACCGAGACUCCUUCCUGGGAUCAGGGUUCACCUCCCUCCCCCUUGUCACUCAACUCACUGCCGAAGACCUACAGAAGAUCGGGGUGUCCCUGGCUGGACACCAGAAGAAGAUCCUGACCAGUGUCCAGUCCAUGAGACACCACAUUGAUGACCAGUCUCCUACUGAUUCUGUGUAAACUACAGGAGGCGGAU